GUCGUUGAGAAGAAGAACUCUAAGGAAGGUCAAAAGCGAAACGUUCUUUUCAUGGAGGAAAACUUUCAACUGUCACAUGUGGGUAAUGCCAUGCGAAAAAUGCAACCAUUUACAAAAGUGAUUGCGGCCACGUCUCAACCCAGCAUGUCUUGUAGAGAAUAAAAAAUGCCAUUUUUUUAUGCAAAUUGAAAUUCUUCAGCUAUUGGGAGAGUUAUAAAACAUCAUGCAAAAUUCGACCAAAAUCAGUAUUUUCUAACCAUUUUAUCUAACUUUCGACGAUUUCCAUGACUCUCCUUCCAUUCAGAAGUCAAUAACGUUUUGAUUUGUUUCAGAGAGCGACUGAAAAUGUACAAAAUAUUUGGCUUAACGGUAUGCAAGAAAUCUAACAAUGACCGGUUGAAUCGGAGGAACAACGGCGGUAAGACCGGCUCAUCUCAUGAAAUCGUCAACAUGAACCUUUAUAGAAACAAGUUUUGAUCUCUAAGAAGUAUCAAUUGUUCUAAAGAAAGAAAGAGACGGCCUACAAAUUCAGUUCAAUGUAAUAUGUAUCGCUAAAGUUUGGGUAUUAGAAUCCAAGCAGAAGUUUUCAACUGAGGGGCUUGUGUGGCUAUGAAGACUUAACAUUAACUCGAAUGGUUUAUAUGAAAAUGACGGACUCAGUUGUGCUCUUGACGACAAAAAUUCAUCAAAAUACAGUAGUACAACUAAGAUCGCAAGCGACUGGAAUUCUGCUGAAGUUAUGCGUUCGGAUAAUGAAUUGUACAAAUAUGGCAUUUUUGUGGAUGACAACGUUCAUCCCAUGCCUUUCAGAAGUCGACUUACUAAUCAAGGAUUAGGAUAGAACGAGGUUUAAUUUUGUUGUGUGAACGUGGCUUCAGAGUUUGCUUUUCUCUACAAACUGGAUGUGUACAACAUUUUUCUCAAAUUGUAAAAUAAAAUUUUACAGUUUUUCGUUUUGUAAGUAUGAUUUUCUUCGACAGUUACAGUUUCUCAUUGAAUUAACCGAUUCCAGUGGUCAUAAGAACUGUUUGUUUGUGCGGUGACGGUACAAAUAAACAUUUUUUUUGCAUUGGACUUUUGCUGCAGCGUUCGCAUACAGUGUUUUACAUUCUUUUUAUUGACUUUGAUGAUUUGAGUAUCAUGAUGUACAUUCAGAUGUGCUCUUCCUACAUAGGCUAUUUUAAAAUGUUAUCGUCAUACCAAAAACCAACCCAGGUGAAUGAAAAUGAGACAUUAAUGAGCCAUUAAUGGCCAAUUAAUGGUAUGGCAUAAGAAUGAUCAGUUGAUGGCCAAUUGAUGGUAUAAAAAUGAGCUAGAAAUGAUCUCAUUUAUGACUCAUUUUGUUAUCAUUAGCAAAAAUGACAUAAAAAUUGACCAUUAAUGAUCUAGUAGAAAAAAAUGAUCAUAGAAUGGUCAUUUCAUAAUGACCAUUUUACGGUCAUUUAUAUGACUUUAAGUUAACAUCAUUUAUGUGUAACUAGUUGUCCAAUUAUUAUGUGAUUUUUACAUCAUUCUUGAGCAAUUACCGAAUGGCGAUAAAAGCACUGAAAAAUGCUCGUAAAUGGACCAUUAAUUGUCUAAACAUACCGGAGGGUAGAUCAUCACUUUAAAUCAUAAUUCUGCAUAUAUCAGCAAGAAUUCGGAUUUAGGCAGAGGCAGUGGCGCGCAAAAGGGGUAGUUUCGAUAGGAAGGUCCCAAAAUUGGCGAAGUCUACCAGAAAUUUCUCAAAAGCCUGUGGGAUCGGGACCAACCCCAAUACAACCUGGUCGUGCCGCCACUCGGUGCAGACUCGCCAAGGAAUUUCCAGUGCGUGAGCAUAUCAUAUCGUGUUCUUUCAUCGUGCGCAUAUCGAACAGCAAACAUUUGGAAAACUGAAAGGUUUUAUAACUCCGAAAUGGAAAGCUGAGACUUUCUACAAAUAUCAGAGAUAUAUAGACGAGUCACAGAAAAAAAUUUGAACUCUUUAUUCCUUUUCUUGACGGAGUUAGAAAUUUUAAAUUUUUUCCUGUUUCACUGGGAAAAAAGAAAAAAAAUUCCAUAACUUUUGAAGAAAGAGACUUCGGUCGGAACCCUUUUAGGCUUUUGGCUAUCUCGAUAUACUGUAUCGAUCGAGAUACGAAUGAACGAAAACGGAGUGUGACACCUGGGAAAAAGAUUCCCUCGUUAGAGCGAAAUUUGGAGUUAUACCGGCCAUAUGCCCCUCGAUCUUCUGUCAAUUUAAACGAAAAACAGCGCUUCCUAAAAACCUAGGAAGAAGCCAUCUUUUUGUACGAAGUUUUUCAAGACCAGAUUUAAUGGUUUUUGAGAUGAGUAGUCUUUAAAAUGUAAGACACCAAAAGGGCGUCUGAUUCAAAACAGGAAAAAAGAAGUGAACAUUUUCCCAUCUAAUAUCGGUGUCUUAUGUUUUGAAGGAUGCUCAUCUCGAAAAACUCCAUGAAAAAAGAUGAUUUUUGCAAUCUUCAUUCAUUUCAUUUUUUUCAAUAUGAACUUCUUCGACUUUACAAAAACAUGGUUCAUUUCGUUCAUUUUUCUCUUCUCUUUCGAACAGUAGAAUGGAAAAAAUAUUUGGACCUGUCUUAAUUUUUUAUCGACGAUGAACCACCGCAGAGAGUACUUUUUUUCUUGCAUAAAAAAUUUACAAAUUCUUAGGUUUCACUCAAUUUGAACAAGAUUAUGAAACAUAUACGCGAAAUUUAAAGAUGACAUUUGGUGAUAUUAUUACCAAUGAAAAAUUCAAGAUGUUUGACACCACACCUAUCGACGUACUAUCGCAUCUCGAAUUAACUGACACCAUUAAUGGUAUAUCAAUUCGUGCUUUAAACUUUCGUUUGUUGCCAUUAAACAGCCAAGUGGGCGGUAAACAAUUUGAAAAUCCCACAUUUAGGGAAAGUGAAUAUCUAAAUUAUUUUCAAGAUAACUCUAAUGAAGGUUUUUUAAAAGAAAAUGAUGAUUUACGUGAAGUUUUGUUAAAUGAUGCUCGCACAGUGGUUAACAUUGGUAAAACAACACAUCAAGAAUUAAUUAAACCAUUUAUUUAUAUGGCUGAAGUAACUGGAAAUAUGAAAAAGUUCGUUGAUAAGAGCUUUAAUAUUAACGGUGAAGUUAUCACAUGUUUAUUACCACCAGCUGCUUAUGAUACCCAACAAUAUCCCAUUGAACCAAACGAAUAUAAUUUAAAUAAAGUAAAGUUAGCUCGAUUGUUAACCUAUGGUAUACAGACACUUUUGGACAGUACUUGGGGUUUAUUUGGGCGAUUAAAUGAAUUUUAUACAAUACGUGAGGAUAAAGUG